AUGGCCGACGAAGUCGCUGAAAAUGGUCACGCAGAAAAUGGAGAUGUGCCAGAAAUCGAGCUUAUCAUUAGGGCCUCAACAAUAGACGGCAGACGUAAAGGGGCGUGCCUGUUCUGUCAGGAAUACUUUAUGGAGUUGUACUUAUUGGCCGAACUGAAAACCAUUAGUCUGAAGGUCACGACAGUAGAUAUGCAGAAACCUCCUCCUGACUUCCGUACGAAUUUCGAAGCGACACCACCUCCGAUCCUGAUAGACAGAGGUAUGGCCAUCCUGGAAAACGAGAAAAUCGAAAGACAUAUCAUGAAGAACGUACCAGGAGGUCAUAAUUUAUUUGUACAGGACAAAGAAGUAGCAACAUUGAUCGAAAAUCUCUACACAAAGUUCAAAAUGUACGUAAGAAAGUUUGAAUCGCCUGACACCACAGAAAAUAGACAACCUCUAUUGUCGCAUUUGGAGAGGAUCAACGACUUCAUGGCAAAGAGAGGAACGAGAUUUUUAACCGGUGACACUAUGUCAUGUUUUGACUGUGAAUUGAUGCCUAGACUGCAACAUAUCCGCAUAGGAGCCAAAGCCUUCCGCAAAUUCGAGAUCCCCUCUACAUUUAAAGCUUUGUGGAACUACAUGUCAAACAUGUACGAACUCGAAGCAUUCGUCCAGAGUUGCCCGGCCGAUCAAGAUAUCAUCAGUCAUAUCAAAAACCAAUUGGGCCUUAAAACAACCGCGCGGAUAGAAUUGGAAACGCCUGUAUACACAACAGCCAUUCCGGUGCUAUCUGAAUCGUAA